AUGAAUAAUGUUACUUCUAUAUCUGAUCAUUCAAAUUCAAAUGAAAAAUCAGAUAAAUCAAAUAUAAAAGAAACCCGAGAAUACAAAUACAAAUUAUACACAUUUGUUAUCAUCUCAUUACUACAAAUUUUUAUAAAUUAUGACAACGGCGUGGUUCCAGUUAUGCUUAACUGGAUACAGGAACCAUACAAUUUUAGUAGUACUGAACUGGGCUUAAUGGGAUCACUUUCGUACUUUGCAUAUGUUGUAAUGUCACCUUUAAUGCCAUAUAUACUACUAAACUUUAGUACUCAACUCUCAAUGACUGUCGCACUGAAUAUAAAUCUAUUGUCGUUGUGUAUUUAUGCACUUGCAAUAAAUAAAUAUAUGUUUUUUUUUUCUAAAUUUUGUAUUGGUGCAUCUCAGUCAUUGUUUACGACUUAUUAUCCCAUAUGGGUUGACACAUUUGCUCCCAAAUAUCAUAGGAACGUCUGGAUGUCAAUAUUACAGGGUGGUAUAAUGAUUGGCAUGACGUUUGGUUAUAUUAUUACAUCACUAUAUUCGUAUGCUGGAGAUAAGGGAUGGAGAUAUAGUAUGCUUACUCAAAUUAUAUGUGAAUCUCUUCUGACAGUUUUGUUUUAUUUUAUUCCUAAGGAAUUUGUAAACUUUGAUCCUUCGAGGGAUGAGCAUCUGGAUUUUGAUCUUUGUACUUGUGAGAAGUCAAAUCUCAAUACCACAGAAAUGGAUAGUACUAACAAAAGUGUUUGUUUAUCCAGUACAUGUGAUGAUUUAUCUCAAUCCAAUGAUUCUGUUCUUAAACGUUAUAGGAGCGUUGACUUUAUCUCAAAGGUAUCAUCACUAGGAAUAAGUAACCAUAUUUCUAAAACUUAUUCUAGUUUUGAUAGCUCUACAAAUAAACCUGAAUAUUCUAAAUGCAGUAAAUGUUUCAUAAACAAUGUUAAAUUAUAUCAAGAAACGAUGAAUGUAAAAAAACUCUCAGUAUGGUCAAAAUUUAAAUUAUUAAUUAAACAACACGUUUAUAUUUUAACUUGUAUCGCAAUGUCUGCAUUAUAUUUUGAGGUUACUGGAAUUCAUUUUUGGAUGACAACAAUUGGUAUAACUCAUUUAAUGAUUAACGAAAAUUUUGUUCAUAUUAUUUUCUCAAUUGAAAUAAUAACUGGUCCCGUAAUUGGAAUAAUAAGCGGGUCAUAUCUGAUUGAUCAAAUUAUUUAUCAUUAUCCUGAACAUCCACUUUUAGUUGAUUUUGUUCUCAUUUUGUACGCAUCAUUUGCUUUAUUAUCUGGAAUCAUACUUAUUUUAAUCCAAAAUGCAAUGACAUUUUCCAUUUGCAUUUUUAUUAUAAUAUUUUGUGGAGCUUCGAUGGUUCCAACAUUAACAUUACAAUCGGUCGCAUAUCUUCCUCAUAGACUUAAGCCAGCCGGGGCAUCAUUCUUCAUAUGUCAAUAUCAUAUAUUCGGUUUCACAUUGGGUAGCAUUAUGCCAGGACUAGCAAUGGACAUAUCACACAACCAUACAUCGGCUCUUUGUGUAAUAUUUUUAUCAGGGUUCGUGGGACUGGCGUCAUAUCUAGCUACUAUAUUUAUCAAAUAUAAUUCAAUUAAGAGACAACAACAACGACAUAUUUCGUAUUUUUAA